GCGGUAUAUCUCCUAUCGACUGUGUGGUGAUCCCUCGAGCUCUCUCCUCCCAGCUAUACACCGUCUCGUUUGCUUUAAAGAUCAUAUAAGAGCAUUUAUUUAGCAGUGUUGGUGUUGCAGUCUUACGCGAUCCCUGCUCUUCCUGAUUUAAAUGAAUAGGUUCGCAUUGUUUGCAUCAGUUUGAAAAGCCAUAUCAUGGCGGGGCUAAGAGGCUCAACUAGGCAGUUUAUAAUUUGAACAUUUUAAAUAGGCUAUGUAGACGAUAUAUUACUGUCCCGCAUGUUCAUUGCAGGCUAUGUAGGCAUAUUGGCAACAUUACUGUCCCGCAUGUUCAUUGCAGCCUACAUUGCAGACUAUGUAGGCAUAUAGGCUACAUUACUGUUCCGCAUGUUCAUUGCAUUGACGUUGGUCUCAGUAGCCUACUUCCUUAAAAGCGUCGAUACUUUGGGAGCUAUGUUGAGAGGUGAGCACAAGAGUUUGUCCUCCGCACACAGUGGACAAAAGUGAAUUGUAGCUGUAUGGAACUCAGUGCAUGCUGUUGUAGCUACUCUCCGCGGUUAAAAGAUUAACAACGUGCUCGACACUCAACCUUAUAUAAAUGUAGAUCGGGUGCUGAAUCCUCGUAUGUAAUCCAAAGAACAAAAUCCUCCCCUCCGCCAUAUACAGGACAGACGAAAAACGGAUUCAAUUUAUCGUCUCCUGUUUAAGAUUAUUUUCUAAACGGAAACCAUCUGUCGGGCUUCAGCAAUAAGCAAUUGGUUGGGUGUUCAGAGGCAUUACUAGAUCCAUUAGCUACCGCACCCUUCUCGUUCGUAAAUCCGACAGACUCAUGCCAGAGUUCGCUCCACGGUGAAGCAAGCCGCACCACAUGCCUUCAAUGCGUUCUGUUUUUGCAACCUUUCAGUGGAGUGAAUGAGAGAUCUCUUACCGAGUCCAGAAGAACGAGCGUCUGACAAUCAGAUAUUUUUUUUUGUAACGGUAUUAAUACGAUAUAUCAAGAUUUGCACCGUUCGAAGAUCCCUUAUUUUUUCCUCUUUCCUGUGAUUUUUAACCUCCGCUACAGCCAGUCUGCGUUGGGACUUUUCUUUUGUUGUUUAAUAUGCCUCUGGUGAAAGUUAUGAGUUCUCCAACAAAGGGACUGCUCUACGGCUUUUACUGCACUGUACGGUAGAUGAAUGCGGAGAGUGGAUCGUUGUAACUCGAGGCGGGGUUAAAGUUCAGCUCUAUGCAGCGGUGAAGCGUUCGUUGCAGUUCGCAGAGUUGGAAAUGUGAAAGCAAGAAGCAGGCUUUAUUUUUCUCUCUCCCUUCUCUCUGUCUCUCCUUUUUUCCCUUUUCACACACACGGACACAGCCACCACGCAUACACGAGCAGACACGGACACACACUCACACACAUAAACACGCAGACCCGUCACAGCAACCAAAACACACACACAUACACUCACACAUACACACACGCAUACAUACACCCUCCAAAUCCAAGAUUAGAUACAUCAGACAUGUAUUCUCCACUAUGCCUAACACAGGAUGAGUUCCAUCCUUUCAUCGAAGCUCUGCUGCCCCACGUGCGAGCGUUUGCCUACACAUGGUUCAACUUGCAGGCCCGCAAGAGAAAGUACUUCAAGAAGCAUGAGAAGCGCAUGUCUAAGGAAGAGGAGCGCGCGGUCAAGGACGAGCUGCUCAGCGAGAAGCCUGAGGUCAAGCAGAAGUGGGCAUCACGCCUCUUGGCCAAGCUCCGCAAGGACAUCCGGCCAGAGUUCCGGGAGGAUUUUGUGCUCACGGUCACCGGGAAGAAGCCCCCGUGCUGCGUGCUGUCCAACCCCGACCAGAAGGGUAAGAUGAGGAGGAUCGACUGCCUGCGUCAGGCUGACAAAGUCUGGAGGUUGGAUCUGGUCAUGGUCAUUUUAUUCAAAGGUAUUCCCCUCGAAAGUACUGAUGGCGAAAGGCUGGUAAAGUCCCCACAGUGCUCGAACCCAGGGCUGUGUGUGCAGCCUCAUCACAUUGGAGUUUCUGUGAAGGAGCUUGACCUCUACUUGGCCUACUUUGUUCACACAGAUGGCCAGUCAGAGAGUCCCAACCAGCAGAGUGAGUCUGACAUCAAGGAGCAGCCUGAGAACGGACAUCUUGGCUUCCAAGACAGCUUUGUCACAUCGGGUGUCUUCAGUGUGGCCGAGCUCGUGCGAGUCUCACAGACCCCCAUCGCAGCUGGGACGGGUCCUAACUUCUCGCUGGCCGACCUGGACAGCUCCUCCUACUACAGCAUGAGCCCUGGGGCAAUGAGGCGACCCUUACCCAGCACCUCCUCCAGCAGCUCGGCCAAGAGGAUCAAGUGUAUGGAGGACGAGGUGGACAGUCCAGGAGAAGAGUCCUACUAUCCAGGUCAAGGGCGCUCCCCGGGCAGCGGCAGCCAGGCCAGCAGCUGGCACGAAGUGGAAACUGCUGGAUAUAAACUGCGUGGCUCGCUAGCUAGUUCGUUCAUCUCAAGACAAGCGAGUACCCACGCCACGCCGUCGAGCCUCCACUUCCCCACGUCGCCCAUCAUCCAGCAGCCCGGCUCCUACUUCUCCCACCCGGCCAUCCGUUACCACCCCCAGGAGAGCCUCAAGGAGUUUGUCCAACUUGUCUGCCCCGACUCAGGCCAGCAGGGAGGACAGGUGGGCUUCCUUAAUCCUAAUGGUAGCAGUCAGGGGAAGGUCCACAACCCAUUCCUGCCCACCCCCAUGCUGCCCCCUCCACCUCCGCCCCCCAUGGCACGCCCUGUGCCCCUGCCUGUGCCAGACUCCAAACCUCCUUCCACCUCCACUGAGGGAGGGGGCAACUCCCCCACCUCGCCAACCUACUCCACACCGAGCACGUCCCCAGCCCAGCGCUUCAUCAGUGUGGGCCCCGAGACCCCAGCUUUGUAAAUAUCCCUCAGCAGCCCCAGUGGUACCUGGGCUAGGGACUCCAGACCCCCUAGCAGCCCGCUGGACAGCCCACUGGACAGAUCGCUGGACCCCCUACUUUCUCCCCUGAGUGCGACCUAACCAUGAACCCCUGCAAACGUGCUCACCUGUUUGACAGAGAGAAGCCCAACCCCUCAAAUCUGUCACUGCAUGGCUACAACAGACCACCCCGCCCUCUCCCAUCCCCCAAAAACAAGAGCAGAGCUACUGACUGCUUACACACGUACAUACUAUAUAUCUAUACAGCCCAUAUAUACCCUCAUUCAUAUGGUUCAUAUGUCUAUAUUCAUAUAUAGUACCAGUCCCCCCAGCUGUCUAUUGGAUGUGCUAGCUGGAGCUCCAAGAGAGUAGCUCUCGAGAGUAGCUCCUGGUACACGUUGUGUUUGUUUAUUUUUCUAUUUCUUCUCAUCGUCCCCACUUUGCCGCAGAGGGGGGAGACAUCACCUGACUAAAUAAAAGAGCUUCCCUCAACCCUUUGUUGCCGUAGCCGACCUGUGGAGAAGGUCCGGCACAGAGACCUAAGAGUCCCGUGUACAUGUGUGUAUAAAGCUCUGCUGGCGUCACAUGUCCCGAAACGAGAGGAAGAUCAGAGCUCUUGUUUCUUUUGUUCUAUGGUUGUUACCGGACUCUGUUUUCGGUUCAGUGGCUCACGGAGGUAGAGGUUUUAGCUGGGUCAGAUACCAACCAGUUAAUAGCUCUCAGUCUCCCCACCCUACCCCAAACCAGACCUACCCAGCACCCACCCUGAGGAGGGACACUCCCCCACAGCCAAGAGUCUGAAGGUCUUCACCCCACCACGGGGCUUUUCCAGGGACAUCAGUGCAGCUGAAAGACCAUGCAGAGGAGAACAACCAACACUAUGAACUCACAAGGGACCAGAGAGGGGAUGGGGUAUUCAUGUUUAAUAUCGGUCAAUCAGGUGACAUAUUGAAACUGGUUUAAAGCCUGCAACAAGAAGAGAAGUAUUUCAAUGAGAAGCUUGUGAGAAAACCUCUGACUGGGAGGCUUGUUCAUGUUACAUUUUUGUAUAGAGGUCAUUUCAGUUCAAACUAACGGUUUUACAAUGCUAUACAAUGCAAAAGGGCGAAGGUCUUUAAUCCUACAAACUGACUGGAGACAUCUAUCUAUCGUCAACAGUGGAAUAUUGAAUUGAGGACAGUGCAAUUUCGUUGGAUAGUGGUUGGAUAAUUAAAUAUCUUUGUAGGAUAUGUCGUUAAAAUAGUUGAAAAUCAUAUAUUUUUCUUCCUAGUCCAUACACACCUCUAAAAUAUCGGGGUACAAAAAAAAGUCAACUAGCACGAUGGUCUGGUGAGAAAAUAACAGAUGUAUUGAGCUUUUGUUGUCUUUUAUUUGUUUGUUUGUUCAUCUUGUAAAUUUGCUAGUAUCGUAGAAUGUAAAAAAUGUAAAUCCCUUUUAGAAAUAUUGUCAUUUUAAACAAUCCAUUUUAAAGCAUUUCUUGCAGCUUUGAAUCUAGUCUGCUAUUAAUUUUAAAAAAGCAAAGUGAUUAACUUAUUUUAAGAAAGCACUUGAUUUUAAAAGAAAUAAGUAGUAGUUCAAAUUUCUCAUGAGGCAAAAUCAAGAACAUACAAUGCGAACAAAUAUCGAAAACAUAAAUCUCCACUUUCGCUUGAAAAGAUCAUCUAAUACCGGGCAUCCAAGUUCUGGUUUGCCUGUUUGAUUGGCUAGGCCUUCUCUAAGCCUUGUCCAAUCAGAAGCACUUGUUCCUGCAGUUGGUUUAUGGGCUGGGAGUCUAAUCAGAGGAUUGUAGUUGAGUGAGAAAGAGUGACCAUUUGUGUUGAAAACACAUUGAUAUCUACAUCAAGGCAAGAUUGCAACGAGACGGCGAAGCUUUUCAGUUGCUUCGCAUGCAACUUACCAUUUUAUUGAACUUUUGUUUUUCUUUCCUAUACUAUAUAUAUAUAUAUACAUUGUUAAGACUGACUCAUCCACCCUCGAUCAAAACUGAAUAAAAGUAUUACAAAUGUUUUUUUAUCUGCAUGUUGUAGUGUUAGUGACAAACCUUUACAUAGAUUAGAGUUAGUGAAUAAAGACACAAUAUCCUAUUCCCAACAUCAGGCACUUGCCAAUAGACUCUGUCUGUUUGGCCCUUCGAGAGGCUUUUUUUUACUGCUGGCCUUCACAAUCAACCAGCUUGAACGUCUUUCAGACUCUUCUUCGCUUCUCAUCAUUUCCGAAUCGUUUUUCCUCUUUCGUUCCCUCUUGAAAUGAUCAACAACAAAAAACUCUAACCUUAAAGUAUAUAUUUCGUUCGUAUGUUCUCUAAUUGCACGAAACAAUUGUUCCUCAUAAAUGUGCCUUGAGCGAUGGUCUAGUCCCGAGCUGUUGCACAAUGUUCCAAUGUGGAGAGUUGACCUUGUUUCUUAUUUGUUUUCAUCCCCCACCUCCCAUUGUGUAGAAACUGAAUCAGCGUUGUUAUACUGAUAAGAAACAUGAAUGAUGAAAUGGAAGACAUCUCAGGCCUGUACGACAGCACACUAUGAUGCAACAUGGAGGUGCUGUGUGUGUAGCAGACCUGAAACACUAUAUCUGUCUUAUACUGCUGUUUAACUAGGCCAGCGUCAAUCACCCCGACAUGGCCCCCUUUUUACUCAUUCCGUAAGUAGAAAUAGCCCUCUUUAUAUCUUGAAGAUAGUUUAGUUAACCCCCCAGUCAUUGACCCUUAACCCUUCUUUGUGUUGAGAAUACCAAUCUAUAGAUAUUUAUGGAUGUUGCUGACAUUUCUAAAUGGAAACUUCUUUUGGCUUUGGAGUUUUCCUUUUUUUAAUAUAUUUUUUAUUCAGAAAUGAAUAAUGAAAAAGAAUAUGCAAUAGCUGCUUGCACUCAUGUAGACAGUCACUUAGUCAUUUGUUUGUGCUGUUUAUUUUUUUAUUUUUUUUAACCACAGUUAGGUUGCACUUGACUGGCUACAUGGUUGGUGGUCGGUCCCUUAGGCAGACCCACUCCUGGAGAACAAAGGGCUCGCAAAGCCCAGGCAGCCUCGCUCGGGUAUUCUACUUUCUUUGUUUUCAACACUAACAAGCCGACCGCAGAAUAUAUUAGGUUCUCCUUUUUUGGGGGCGUUGGGGGUUCACAAGCAAGUCUUAAACAAGUCAAACUUCCUCUCCAUCACAAAAUCCACAUUUGACAGACAAAAAAAUAUGACGUCCAACAAAUAAAAAUGCCACUUUCUAUUUCCUCCAUUUCAACAGACUUCCUGACAUAUAUUCAUUGUUUACCUGUUGAUCUGUUCAACACCUGUUGAUCUGUCUUUAACAUUUAUGAGUUAAACAAGUCAAUGAUGUGUUUUUUGGGGGAAGCCUUGGUGAUGGUUUAGUAGUAAGACUUCGUGGGUUUGUGUUUGUCCUUUAGUAUGACAGUUUUUGUCUUUGUUCUUGCCUACCCUUUAGCGAUGAGUUGGGCAUUACUUUCCUAAUUAUCUGCACUAAAUGUGAAACAAAUGACAAUAGUGAGAAUUAUUGAAAAGAAACGGCUUCCACGGCUUAAAAGCGAAGGGAAAAAACAAUUGCACGGACAUUUUUUGUCACAAAAACUCAUUGUGAACAGCCUAGCAUCUAAUCAGCAAGAUUUGGCUGUGUGUGUGUAAGAUACGACAAAAUGACACCCUUUUUAAAGACAGAAAAACUAAGCAAUAGUUUGGGCAGUCUGUUUUUGUUCUUGUGUUGUGUGUAAUUUAGUUCUGGGUAUAGAAGUGGGGAAAAGAGUUGAUGAUGACAAAGGAACACCUAAAAAAUGACAAGGAAGCGAUGGAGCAGGCAGGGCUGAAUGCCCUGACUGUGGGAGACGUGGUGUUUGUAUGUUGUAUAGUUUUAUUAAUUACACUGAUUUUAAAGCUGCCCUAUUUUAUAAUGCAGGACUUUUGUAACAUUGAUUAAAUGAGGAGAAAAACUAGUGUUGUGAAUUUUCUGAUUGUUUGUAUUAAGGCCACAGUCAUAGAAUGGGGUUUGUUUGUAUUAAGGCCACAGUCAUAGAAUGGGGUUUGUUUGUAUUAAGGCCACAGUCAUAGAAUGGGGUUUGUUUGUAUUAAGGCCACAGUCAUAGAAUGGGGUUUGUUUGUAUUAAGGCCACAGUCAUAGAAUGGGGUUUGUUUGUAUUAAGGCCACAGUCAUAGAAUGGGGUUUGUUUGUAUUAAGGCCACAGUAAUAGAAUGGGGUUUGUUUGUAUUAAGGCCACAGUCAUAGAAUGGGGUUUGUUUGUAUUAAGGCCACAGUCAUAGAAUGGGGUUUGUUUGUUCUCUGGGAACUGGAUUUAAGUUGAAAACUUUCCCGUUUUCCUUUUUUUGUUUAAAAAAUGUAUUUAAGGACUUUUUCUUCUUUUGAUGGUAUAGCGUAUUCCUAUACUUAAGAAGUAUAGAGAAUUGAGGUGAAAAGCCCAUUGUAAAUGGAUGUUACAGUAUACUGUAUGUUUUGAAGGUUAUUUGUUGCAUCAGUGUUGAUGAAGGUAAAUUUAGGUAAUUUUAAGGAAAUUGGUAAGAAAAUAUAGUGUUUUUUUAUGCAUACUUUUUUUUUUAGUUUAGGCAGAAGACAAUGACAUAGACAGGCAAAGGAUGCCCCUAUUAUAAAUGCAUCUAGGCAUCUUUUUUUCUGUUCACCAUUCCAUGCAGGAAAAUAAACAGCUUGAUAUGCAACAUGAUUCUUUUCCUUUUUCACAUAUUUCCUUCCCUCUCUCAACCCUUUUAUUGAUUUAUUUGACCUUUAUUUAACUCGGCUAAAAACAAACUCGUAUUUACAAUGAAGGCCUCCCGGGGAACAGUGGGUUAACUGUCUUGUUCAGGGGCAGAACAACAUAUGUUUAGUUCGGGGAUUCGAUCUAGCAACCUUUCGGUUACUGGCCCAACGCUCUAACCACUAGGCUACCUGCCACCCCACUUCAUCACCAAAUAGUCCUCAUAAACCGUGGGUCCUCUCACACCACUUUCCAUUGACACACUCUCUUGCUGUUCUUCAUUGCAUUUGCAAAACACGGUUACCGCCAACAAACACACACCGCUGGCCUAGAUUGGGGUGAGUUAAAAAAAUAAUAUUGUACAAGUUUCCUGAAACUUUGUAACAGGAGCUGCAUGGGAAGGUGUGUGGAAUAACCUGUACACAACUUAUCUGCAGUCACCCUCUGCUCCCUCAAACUGGGAACCUCAAAGAUUCUGAUGUUUAACUGAAUUGGCAAGCUUUAAUUCACAUUUUGUGCUAAUAGAGACAUUUUUGGAAUAUCAUCUCAAGAAAUUAGAGUUGACAAUUUAACCCACAGGGGCCUCAAACACUACUGACAUUUUCAGUUGUACUACUUUUCUUCCAUCUCCUCAGGUAACCAUAUCCUAACCAUAACCUAACCAUUCACCACCAACAUAUACACAUUUAACUCACUCAAGAUGGCCUGGCUAAGAAAAGCCUUUCCCUUCACCCACAUCUUAUCUUGUUCUCAACAUUUUGCCAAACACCCUUUGGAGUGUCUCUGGAACCGAGUUGAGCUGUAAUGCUGAAACAAAUAACUGGGGAAUACCGUAACGUACAGCAGAGGGUGGAGAGCCAAUACACGGUUGGCGAUACCACACCUGAGUGGUAGCCCUGUGUACGUACAACCGUAUCAGAUCUCCUUUAGAAGCCCACAGACUCCAAUAGUAAAGACCACUAAGUAGUCCUAGGAGAAUACACUGCCAUCUGACAGAGCAAAAGGACCCAACAGAAAGAGUCAUUCCCCAAAAUGAAGGAUCUGGCUUUGAAUUGAUCCCUUAGUCUCUUGAUGAAGCUCUCCUGUAACAACCCUGUGUAGUCUCGUUGGAGAAGUAUGCACUAGGUAGUCCUGGAGAAAUAGAGGGGACACCGAACGGUUCAUAUUGACGAGCUGUUCAGUCCGGGCCUACAAGAAGAGCUUUCACACCAUCCUUUUCCCAUCCAGUCAUGUCAGUUAGGCUAUUUUAUUUAACCUUUUUCUUAACUAAGCAAGUCAGUUAAGAACAAAUUCUUACCUUACAAUGACGGCCUACCCCGGCCAAACCCUCCCCUAAACCGGCCGAUGCUGGGUCAAUUGUGUGCCGCCCUAUUGGACUCCCGACCACGGCCGGUUGUGAUACAGCCUGGGAUCGAACCAGGGUCUGUAGUGACGCCUCUAGCACUGCGAUGCAAUGCCUUAGACAGCCCAGCCACUCUGUUUCAUCCCCGUGAAACGACAUCUAUUUUGACCACCGUCUGAGGAAUUCUGCCCGUAGAUCAGGAAACAGAGUUGAAUAACGGCCAGGCUUUGCGGACGCACAUCAAAGGCCUUUCUUGUCUUUCGUCUGUACAAAUUCUCGUGGGCAUUGUUGAUGUAGUGAUUUUCCAUUUGUAGAGUCAUCGGUUUAGGGCUGAAGAAUCCUAAUACAAUGUUUCAUGCUGCGACUAAAGAAACAACACGUAAUACUUUUCAAUCCAUUUAGACACCUAAAUAUGUGAAAUAUACCAAUGGGUGUAAUACAUAGGCAGAAUGGCAUUCGCUAACGGUGACAUGGGAAGAGCUUCAAUGAACCCUGAGACACUUCUGUCCAGAGACACAUGAUACCAACUGAGCUCUUUUCUCCCUGGCAUUGAACCCAGAUGGAAAAGUUACCGUUUUAUACAUACGGAAAAAUUCAACAAUACGGCCCGAGGAGGUGUGGUAUACGGCCAAUAUACCACGGCGAAAGGCAGUUCUUAUACACGAUGCAAAGCGGAGAGCCUGGAUACAGCCCGUAGCAGUGGUAUAUUGACCAUAUACCACAACCCCCGAGGUGUCUAAUUGCUAUUAGAGCAGUAAAAAUGUAUGUUGUGUCAUACCCAUGGUAUACCAUAUACCAUGGCUUUCAGCCAAUCAGCAUUCAGGGCUCGAACCACCCGAUUUAUAAUUUAGUUUAGGGGUUGAUCAUAUUUAGAAAAUGAAGUAAACAUUCUUCACAUUGUUGUCUGUGUAUAGAACCAAAUUCAUUGCAAAACAAUAGGGAGGUACAGUAUGUUACAUUUUCAUUGAAGGGAUCACAGAAAGUAAUUUAAUGCGAAGGGAGUUAACAUGGAAGCUGUUCCAUAGCUCUCCACUCUAAUGAAUAAAUAGUGUCACUAAUCCUUUGCAAAGAUAUUUAUUUAUCCUCUUGAAAAACCAUUACAUGGUGCUAAGUAGUAAACCAAGCCGCUGAAGGAGAGUGAAAUGAUCAAAUGAGACAAAUUGAACUUAUUAUCCUGCUUUCUGACAAAGUAUAAGCCUAGCAGUUUAAUCUGCAUGGCAACUAUGCACUGAUUAAAUAUAUAUCCACAUAGUAUAUAUACACAUAUUAUCCAUGUAUAUGUGUGUAUAUUUCAAAUGGAGAUCUUUGGUAUCUACUUUGCCUUCUUUUAUGACAAAUUGUUUUCUUUUCGAGAUCCCAGCUUAAAGAUCAAACAAGUUAUAUGAAAAUCUAGAAGAAACCAGCAUAUGACAUGAUAUAUGAAGAUGUAGUGCCUGUGAACUGUAUUAUAUUGCUCUACUGAAUAUGAUAAUUGUUUGUAAUUGUUUCAAUCUCUGAACACCAGUAGCCUUUGCUGUCUGUCAGACCCCUCUGAUUAUAGCUCAUGUACAAUAACCUUAGAGAUGGAAUCGCAUGCUCUUCCAUAAUCGCCUAGUAAGCUGUUUAGAAUGUAUCUAGAAAAAUGAAUUUUAUGUUUGUUUUUUUAUUUUAUCCUUCCCAUCACUUAUACUCCUUCUCUUAUCUCCCUAAACCUCAAAUGUUUUCUUUAUUUCUACCAUCCUGACUCCAUCCUCACCCGACUUUUGAGUUAUCAAGUUUUUUGGAGGGUAUCUGGUUGCCAUGAGAAGUAUCUUCAUGUUCAUGUCAGUGAUUUUGUUGCACUCCUUCCAAUCAACCUCAUUGACUUUAGCCGGUGAUGGUACCAUGAUGACUAGGCUAGGUGUUCAGUGGAGCCAGCUAGCUAAGAUCCCCCCCCCCCUACACUCCUUAGGCAAUCUGCACCGACUGACCAUCAGGACUAAGCUCUCUCUCUCUCUACUGGGGGGGACGCAGAACUCCAGAACUCCCUACUCUUAUCAAGUACAGGAGUACCAUUGAUGAGAACCAUGAGAAGCACUGCAGCUCCAGCGUGAAUCUCCCUCACACGCUCUUUGUUAAGGGGGCGGAAUCAAUGGCUGCAGUCAUUUCUGCUCCGUUCAGCACUAUUGAGGACAGAAUCCCUCAUUGAGCCGCCGAGAGGCCCGAAGGUGGGCUUUCUGAGAGGCCUGCUCUUAUGGAAGCACUUCAAAAGAGAGGCAAAUCAGUGCGAAGGUGGAUGGGAAAGUUCCAGAAAGACAGCUAAGCACACCUAAGAGACUCUCGGUUAAACAAUGCUAAUCCCCAAUCCUGUUAGCUCAAUUGGCUCACCCAGGGAUAGACUUCCCAACAUCCUAACUCCCUAUGUUCCAAACUGGUCAGCUGGUCAACGUGGGAAGCAGCCCUCUUUGAAACCAACAUUUAAGCAGUAGGCUAUUUCAAUCUGACGUCACUUUCCUUCAUAUUACAAGUGGACUUUAGUAGACUAGUCUUGAACCUUUUUACAUCAAACCAGGAGUGGAACUAUUGUAGACACCUGUUCAUAUGGUGCGUUAGUGAAUACCGCAACUUCCCCCAGCCUUGAGUCUCAAAUCUCCACCAUGGUCAAACUAGCAAAUACUAACGAAGGUCAGCUUGAGUGAACCUGAGUGACAGAGGGAGGAGAUCAAUGAACUCCUGGUGCAGUCUGAGUCCCACAUCCUUAUCACAAAGGCUUCAUAUCCCAGCAUCCACGUCACCAAGACUUCAUAUCCCAGCAUCCCCGUCACUGCCUCCGCGAGUCCUCACAAACCACCAUUCCAUUCGGUCCUCAUAAAUCACAAUCAAACGUUUUAGGAUUCAACAGAUAAGUGAAACUGACUAAUACCUUGUGCCUCUACUAUACUUUUCUGGAACAGAACAGUGAACCAUUGAGCACCUAUUGUUUGUUGGAUGUUACUAGCGCCAUUGUUUAUUGACUGCCAUUGUAUGUUCUGUUAUGAUGUAGAGUUGUUGUUAACUGUCGGUUGUCCGAACACCUUGUGUGACCGUUGUUUUUUUUCUGUUUUCCUUUUUACUGUUGUUUUUUUAUUACUGGUGUAAAAUCAUCUUUCUCAUUUCCAUUAGUGAAACCAUCAUGUCCACGCAGAAUCAAUUACUGGAAUCAAGAUAUGCAUUUCCUAUGCAACAACAACAACAAAUAUCUAAAUAAAGUCGCUAAUGCUGUA